AUGGAUAACGUGAGCUUUUUUAUCGAAGCGGACAAUUUAUCGGAAACCUUUAACAAUUCCACCAACCUGACCGGUCAGUACUCCCUGACCACUGUGAUCGGACUGGCGGGACUGGUCAGCUUCCUCAUCUUGUUUACGAUAGUCGGGAACGUCUUGGUGGUGAUCGCCGUCCUGACCAGUCGGGCGCUCCAACCCGCCCAGAACCUGUUCCUGGUGUCCCUGGCCACGGCGGACAUCCUGGUGGCCACCCUGAUCAUGCCCUUCUCGCUGGCGAACGAGCUGAUGGGGUACUGGUUCUUCGGUCAGGCGUGGUGCGACAUCUAUUUGGCGCUGGACGUCUUGUUUUGCACGUCGUCCAUCGUCCACUUGUGCGCCAUCAGCCUGGACAGGUACUGGUCGGUCACCCAAGCGGUGGAGUACAACCUGAAGCGCACGCCGAGCCGGGUCAAGGCCAUGAUCGUGGUGGUGUGGCUGAUCUCCGCCGUCAUAUCCUUCCCGCCGCUCAUCUCCAUGGACCGGGACAGCGGGGGCGGUCAGCAGGAGCCGCAGUGCAUAAUCAAUGACCACACGUGGUACAUCCUGUACUCCAGUAUCGGCUCCUUCUUCGCCCCGUGCGUCAUCAUGAUCCUGGUGUACGUCCGGAUUUACCAGGUGGCCAAGACGCGCACCAGGACCAUGUCCGAGAAGCGUACCGAGCCGGAGGACACGCCCCGCCUGGAGAACAGCCUGAACCGGGACCACUCGGGUCGGGAGAACGGUCACUGCGCUUCGCCGCCCCAAGCGGGCAAACCGAAACCCGUCGAGGACGAGCUGGACGGCGAUCUGGAGGACAGCAGCUCGUCCGACGACAAGGCCAAACGCUCGAGGCGCGAAUCGACCGCCGGACGCCGGGAGCGCAGGUCCGGCCGCAAGGGCAGCGCCAGCUCCAAGCACUCGAGUCACAAGUCCCGCGCCAGCAGCAAGUCUCUGGACCUGUUCUCGUCACGCCGGAAGAGGAGGCGCAGCACCGUGUCCAGGAAGAAGAUCUCCCAGGCGCGGGAGAAGCGCUUCACCUUCGUCCUGGCCGUCGUCAUGGGCGUCUUCGUGGUCUGCUGGUUCCCCUUCUUCUUCAGCUACAGCCUGUACGGGAUCUGCCGGGAACCCUGCGCCGUGCCCGAACCGCUCUUCAAGUUCUUCUUCUGGAUCGGGUACUGCAACAGCUCCCUCAAUCCGGUCAUCUACACCAUAUUCAACCAGGACUUCCGCAGAGCCUUCCAGAAGAUCCUCUGCAAAUCCUUGAGGAGAUCGUUCUAGAGGGACGCCAGAGAACGUGGAACGUCUUUGUUACGUACAUAUACAGUAUAUACAUACACGUGUACAGAACCGUUUAAUUCCGCAUCUUUGGAAGCCGGGGUGAGAGCGCAGGGUCGGGCAUUAUUCGGCACCCCCGGAGUCGAAGGGUUAAGGGCUUUGCUCAAGGGACCAACAUUACCUGCAUGGCAGAAAAGCAUUCAAACCCACAGCCUCCCGAGCUUCUACGCCUUGACAAUCGUUUGACUCCCUCCCCGCUCGUCGUUUUUCCGCCGCUCGCUCCGGGAUCCGGACGGCAGCCGCGUCCCGCCAGGAUUUACAGUAGCGAGACGCUCCGAAUCCGCCCCCCUCCUUCCGAAAUCAGGCCACACUGUGCCGCGUUUGUGGAAACAGGCUCGUCUUAAUCAGAGCUGGAGGCAGCGCUGGGUCGCAGAGUGGCUCGUUCAUGAUGGAUCUGCGCGUAUGGUUUCGGUCUCCGGGACCACAGGGCUGCGUGGCGUUUCGAUUACAGGGACGGAAAUGGAACAGGAACGAUGAGAUUCCACACUGUCGCUUCCCGGGAAACAAAACAGACGUCGUUAGGACACGUGGACGGUUUCGCCAACCACCCUCAGACAGGACGAGGCCCGGCAGGGCGCCAAAAAAACCACCGCUGACGCUCUAUAUAUCGGGAAGUUAACCUCACGUACGUUUGCGUUGUUCGUUUCUGAUUGUCGGCAUUUAUAAAACACGUUUACGUUCAUGGUUUCCUGAACAGCCGAUGCCAGUCUGUGCCACGCUUGUCGUUUUAAUAUUGUAUAACCACGGCGCUGUAUAUAAAACUGUAUAGCAUCUAUAACAAAAGGGCAAAGCCAUUAUAUUUCACCCUCAUUGAUUUUUAAACGCCUCAGCUUUCCUACGCCGUGGGUUCCUGUCUCAUUGUGAUAUUUCUGAAACGAUCAAGCGGUCACAACAAGCACAUUUAAAGAAUGAAUAACAUUUAUUAAAUAAAAUAACGACACUU